UAAAUAGAUUUUAUUUAUAAAGUCAAUUUACAUAAAAUAGGAUACUCUUUUUAAAAACUGCAUAUGUACAACUUAAAUCCUAGCAAGUGCAUACAAAAAUGCCUUCAGUACAUUUUUUUAAAAAAACUUCAGUUUCAGAGAAGUGAACCUUCACACCAGGCAAUCUCAGACACUGUUGUAGGACACAAGGUAACUUUACAGUAUUUUACUAGUGUUUGGAGGAGAAAAAACACCUUUUAUCUAAACCAUGUAUGUUGCCAAAACAUUCUAGCUGGCAGUGUUCAAGAACAAGGGAAUAGGACUUGCUAAAAAUAGAGCUGUCUCCUCACCCCUUUUCCCUAAGGUUUCUUGUACAAAAAUAAGUCUUCAUACACCACUGUUCCCAUAGGCAGUUCAAGUUGCAUAUAAAAUAGAAUCUGACACUAUAAAAAAAAUUCCCUCCCCCUCCAGAAACAAGGAAGCAUCAAGUAGGCUUGUUUUUCUUGCUUUUUGCCACUCCACAGGUUGCUCAGGCAUCUUUCUCUGGAGAAAGCAGGUGAGCACCUUUUUCCAUCGGGCUGCCCUGGAGCGAGGUCAUGAGCAUCAUUGCACUUCAGCUGGGGGAGCCUCGGAGCCUGGCAAGGAACGCAGCCAGCGGGGUCCCACCAUGGCUGGUCCUUUCCUUCUGGCUGAGGUGCUGCGUACUUCCGAUGCCACUGCAGCUGGGGAUACCCGUGCUUGGUUUUGCAGCCCAUUGAUCUGAAGCUUGCAGCCUGCCGUGAGGACCAAGGAAGAGGGCACCUGGGACACCCCGAGGGGGGAAAAAAGACACUCUGCAAGCCUGUCACCUGUAAGAGCUGUUCCCAGUGAUGCCAUGCCACCGCUCCAGGUCUGCAGAAAGAACUUUGCUCUGAGCUGCAUGGCAAGCCGUUUUUCUGCCUGUUUUUCCUCGUUUCCCACCUAGCUGCGUGGCCGCAUUUGUGGGCUGCCAGCAGUUUGCUCUGGGCAGGAUUUAACAGGGGAGAAGGAAGAGGUGGGGACUACACUUCCCAAGAGGCUCCACUGUGGCCGUGCCUCCCUUCGGUGGCUUUAUCAAGAGCUGGAGGGACCAACAGCCAGCUCUCCCUGGGGACAAGCAGCCAUGGGGCCAAGGUGCGGGAUGAGGACCGCCAAGUGCCAGCUGAUGGCCACCAGCCUCUGCAUCAUGCUGCUGGGGCUGUCCAUCGCUACGCUGAGCACAGUCACCCACUACGGGCUGCGUUUCACCGUCAUCAGCGACAUCUCCCCCGAGAGCAACUCCUACCGGGUCAUCCACCAUGCAGCUUUCUACAUUGGCAUCUGCCUCAGCAUGACCCUGAUCCUCGCAGCCCUGCUGAGCUCGGCCGCCACGGUGCGGGAGUCGCAGUGCCUCACAGCGACGGGUUUUUUCUGCUUUGCUCUCGCCUUCUGCGGGCUGAUACCAGCUGCCUGCUGGAGGUACGCACGCAGCACAGAGGUGGAAGACCGCAUGAUGGACGUGUACGACCUUGUGUAUGAGGAGGUGAGGAGGAACAUCUCCAGCUUCAGGAGGCACGAGCUGACUGCCAUCCACGAAGCAUUCCUGUGCUGUGGGAAGCGCUCCCCAUUUGGGGACACAGCUGCCGUUGAGCACAAGACGUGUCCUCCCGGUCAGGCACAGGCUGCCAGACAGGACUGCCUACGAGAGAUCCAGGGCUUCCUGAAGAAGCACAUGGACCUUGUCUCCACGCUCCUGGGCAUCACCAUCUGCUUCACGGUUUACGGGAUGGUUCUGACUUCAUUCCUCUGGUUCUCCAUCCACUUCAGCAACAACCUGGACCGGAAAGGCAAAUACAUCCUGCGGGCAAGGUAGAAACUCAUCUCCUGGGCUUCCCUACCAGGUAGAGCAAGCUCUUGGUGCAGGAAGAUUCCUGAAGACCUCCCCAAAAUCCCCUGAGAUGGCACUGUGUGGGGACAGGUGGAGGGAUGGGCGUCACCACUGCUCAUGUUGCACGUUUCCCCCUCCUGCAUCACUCGCCCUUGUGCAUUCCUGAGCUGAUCGGCCCGGGUGACACUCUGUGGAAGGGCACCUUCACUGAAAAUGGAUGAGGACCAAGGCGCAACUGGGCUCGGAAAUGCAGAUCGCCUCGCCAGGUGCAGUGCAGGGUGUAGCUCCACAAGUAGGACACACACACCUUUGGAUACAUCCAGAAAGGAAAGCCCAGCCAGAAUCACGUUGCUAAACCGAACUUUUCUUGCACUGUUCUGUGUGACCCCAAAAGAUGUGACAUUUCUAGGGUGAUAGCUUUGGACCGUAGCCUGGGACUGGUUCACUAUCAGCAAAUACAUGGACACAGUGUGGCACCGCUGAAGGGAAAUGUGCUCUCCUAACUGGAACACUGCUAAUUAUUGACUUUGGGCAGGUUUUGAGUUAUCCCUGGAGUAUGUAGGUAUCCAACCACCACUAACUCUUUUUUUCCCUAUAUUAAAGUAUUGUUGGAGCUCGGGGUGGAAACUGGGGGGGGGAGUAGUGCCUGUGUUUUGAAACAACCAGCCAGAAUAAGGACACAUCCCUCUGUUACUCCCCUUUUUGAUGUGAUAUGCAUCAUUUUUAAAAUUGUUAGGAUUUGGUCAACCUCCUAGGUGCUGCGCUGAUUUCAUACCAGCACAUUCAACCACACUGCCUUAACUUUGUGUUUCUCUAGCUUCAAUGACCUACCACACUGCUGUGGAAUACAAAAAGGCUUUGAUAUUAAACAUAUACAGGGCUCGUGUUUAAAUCUGAGAGAAGCGGACUGAUCCCCAGCCAGGUCAAACAAGACAAUGUCCACUUCCUCUUUACAUCUCCUUAUCAACAAUAAGCAGAAAUCUGAAAAGCCUCAACCAGCUGAAGAUCUCAGCUUCUCAGCCUUGCUAAAAUGAUGGCUUCCCGGUGUGCUUUGCCCUCAUUGCAAGGAGACAGAGCUGCUUCUGAGCUGAAAACCAUCACUGCAAUAGAUGUAGCUGGAAAAUCUGUUGUGAACUGUGGCUAUGGAAUAUGUCUGUCUGAACAAACACCAGCUUUCAGCCCUCUCCUUCAUUGUGGCUUUUAGCCACAAAAAAAGAGUAAGUGGCAAUUGGGAUUGUCUUGAUUGAAUAAAAUGAGAUAAUCUCAAUGAGAUAAAAGAGGAAAGCCCCAUGCUGAUAUUCAGGACUGCUACACACGUGAAAACAGCAGUACAGCUUACAGAAUCUUCCGUCGCCUGGUUAGCCUUCUAGCAUGGUUGCAAAUAUCUUGCAGUGGAAGGAAAGGCGUUGAGGGAGGAGAGCUGUCGCUCCUAAUCCCGCUCCCUUGGCAUGAGAGGAGCUUCACCGCUGACUUUGGAAGCAGGAUCAAGUUCAAAGUGAUCCAGAGUAUCACCAGCUACCUCCUGACAGCCACCAACACGCCUCGGUCUAGCAGGGAUUUAGAGGUAAUAUGCUUCGCCUAGCAGCUGCACGUGCAAAUGUAGCCACUUGCUAGUAGUGGGAAGCGAUUCAGAUACAUGCAUGUGUAUAUACAAUAUGUUUUCUGAAGUGCAUCGCUCUCCAGAGAGAGACAAUCUCCAUUGUGAGCUCUGGCUCUUAUUGUCCAGGUUACUGCUGCUGUCAUUCCUCAGGCCAGCUGGCAGCUCACGUGACUCCUGCUUGCUUCAAUAAAAAGGAAAUUCUUGCAGAAGGCUGUCAUUCCUUCUAUUUUUCAGCAUGAAGCAUACAGUUGUGCUCAGUUGUAUAAUGGGCUGCUGUCAGUAAGUCUUUCAGUGCUCGGAGGAGAUAUUCCCUGUGCAGCUGGCACUUGCCUUAGUACUGAAGAUGGAGAUGACCAUGUUGUUCCUCCACAAGGAACCUGCCUGGCAGAACCACCCAUCCUCUCGUGUUUGUCACCAUCCUCAUCUGCCCCUCAGCCACCUCUGCAGUAAUGCAAGCAUGGGCAAGGAAAAAAGCCUAAGGACAUAUUGAGGCAAUAAGGAAAGAGCAAGGUAUUUCUAUAAAAGAACUUGCUAAGGUUUCCCUUGCCACCUGGCAGAAAGGUUCUUGGUUUUAUUUUGGGCUUUGCUUCUCUUUUAAAUUCCAGGUAGUCAGGCCUUGUCCACUGCUCUCUGCUGGCUGGACAGCUGAUGAAGUUCUGCUGUACAACAAAACAAAACAAAAACAAAAACAGGGGAUUGAGCAAAUAAUGCAGUUUUACCAGGAGGGGCUACCUCAUCAACUCCAAAGCCUAGUAGGAAAGAUCUCUGUUAAAACUUUACCACCGUGACCACUAACAGCCCACUCCAGGCCCAUUUUUAAUGUGAAGGGAUGAUUAUGGAUGGGAGGAGCGCAUGCAUGAUAAAGAAGCCUGAAAGGCUGCAGUAUCCCCUUCCCCAAAACUUCAUCAGGAGGAGCAGCAAGUGGCCAGCACUUGCCUGAAGGCGUGAAUGAACAUCACCGCUGCUUCCACACCUCUGUAAUGACUUCUGCCAUGGUGGCAGCAGGGAGAACAUGACAAGCACUGAGCCAUUGCACAAGGGAAGUAAGUGCCUAGAGAGCAGUCAGUUCUGCCCAAUGAGACACAGACUGCAAGUGUGCAAUUUCUUGUCCCGGGGGUAGAAGUACCCACUUGGACUUCCCUAGCAUGGGAUGAGGGAUAGGAAGGGAGACCAAGGAGCAGGAAAGCAGACACCUUCAAUUCCUUGUUUUUAGAAAUUGUGGUCAAAACUUACUGCACGGAAGUGCAGCGUUAUCAUUUUGUUCACAGCUGGAAAAAUGGCACCAUCCAGGAAUGCUUUGGUGGAAGCUGUGAGGAGGGCAGGUGUCAAAGGUUUUUUAAUAGCUGCACCAACAGCAAGAGAAAAAAAAAACACUCUCUGCCCUGCAGUCAGUGUGCUUGCACUUACAAGUCCCGAAUUUGCUGCUUGCUAUGGGCAAAAUUACAGCUCUUGCACAAUGAAAGCAAAACCCCAGGAAGCAAUUUGUAAGUGCUGCAGAGAUUUACCCGGUGCUGAGCAGAGCGAGAGAGUGGUUUUGUCAGGAUAAAGCACGGAGCUGAACAGCAGGGAUGCAAACCCUGCAACCAAAACACCUGCAGGCCCCAUGAGCCUUCCUGGGGCUGACACGAGGGGAACCUGGUUGUGGUACACACCUCAGUGCUCAGACUGCAAUAGGAGAGAAAUCCCUGGUUAUCUAGGCAUAGGUGAUGCAAAAUGAAUACAUAAAUAAACAAACAAAUAAUAAAGUUAACAGGAGAACAGAGGUGCAAAGUUAACUGUUGAAUUGUGCUUCAAUUAAUUGCCAAUUAAGCUCCAGCAAUUAGUUCUACUAUUGUCAGCUGAGCAAUGGCAGUCUGGCCUCUAUAUAUAUGAGCUGCCCUAUUGACAGCAGCAGUUUGCACCGAAAUGAAACUUUCCCUUUGUUGUACAACCCUGAUUUGUGCCCAGAGCAAGCUAUACUGCUGAGCAAAUCCUUCUGAAGCCUUAUAAUCUGCAAACCUGGGUGGACUUCUCUGCAGUUUGGGUGGUAAGGAAGCCAUCUCCUGCCAAGGCAAAACAGUGUUUCUAAGCAGCUCUAUUUCUGCUAAACUUAUUUAGCAGGAGGGCUCUGCCCAGGCUCUGCCUGUAGCCUUCCCUUAGUUUGUGUGCACCCUUCUAAGGCAAAUCCCCCCCUUGCUCUUCUUAGCAUCACUAAACGCCGCUGUCGUCUAACCCUGAAGCACACCAGCUUGCUGGCAGACACGUUCAUUUUCUUUUUAGCCGCGUUACAUCAGCAACAAGCUAUUCCAGCCUUUAUUCACCUGCUAAUGAAUUAUACAUUGAUGACACAACAGCAGUUCCUGCGCUGUGCUGCUGGGCUGGGCUCUCACUCUCCUGCAUCACGUCUCGCAGCAAAGCCCAGCUCAGCCCUCUCGGACAUGCUGGGAAAGAAGAGGAAAUGUCAGUGCUGGGUUGGGAAACCAGCUUGGGUUUGCUUUCUCUCUCUUGUUCACCACUGGUGCCUUCUGGAAACAGCUCCUCCACCUGCAUCAGAACCAGCCCUGACAGCCGGCAGCACCAGGAGCUUCCCCAGCACCUCCUCCUCUUUGUAUAACCUGACCAUUGCCACAGACACGUUGAUGUAAAUAUUUAAAGACAGCAGAGAGACAGCCUGCAUGGACUGGCACUGUUUGUUGAGUUUAUUAGAAACAGAAACUUCAGGCACAGCUACAGGUUUCUGCUUGCCUUGUCCCCUGCCCAAAACAUAACCCCCCUCCUGCUGCCGUGGGGCUUGGGCUGAAUUUGCAGAUCAGGAAUUUUCCAGUUUGCCUUCAGAUGAGCAGGCACCAGGAUAUCCCCAAAAAGAUUUCCUGGAGAUGACUCUUUAGCUGCGUGGGUGAGAUUCUUGACGUUAUUUAUUUUUUCUGCUGAAAAUAUAAGUGCUGGCUGCAUCCCUGGUGCUGUGCACCCUUGGCCUUCUGCUCCUUGGCUGGGAAAGCAGAUUAAAAAAAAUAGGAAGCAAGUCAUCUCCCUUGCUAUUUGCUUUCACCUCCAGGGCGAGCUCUGCUGUUUCCCCAAAUGAUCUCCCACUACCCAGAAACUGGAUAAUGACCUGCAGCUAAAUGUCACUAGAGGGGAACUCCCUGAGAUGACAGAGCUCCCUGUCACUGCAGACCAGGCCGCCUGCCCUUAGCACCUUGGAAAAACAGGAUUGUUGGCUGCCUAGGAAGUCAUCCUGAUGUUACUAGGACUAUUAGCCUAAGCAGUCAUCCACAUGUUAUGUGGGACUAUUAGCCUCCUGCAGGGUGAAUUUCUGUGCAGUACAAUUUCUUUGCAUGCAUCUCUACUUAAAGACUUUUGGUGAUGCUGCUUUUUUUGUUUGUUUGUUGUUGUUGUUGUUUUCCAGCAUGGCAGCUAAAUUGGAAACGUGGGCUAUUUCUUUCAUACUUGGCACAGAAAAUAAGAGGCAGUGAUUAACAGCUAACCAGGAUACCUCAUAAAAAAGCACGUAUUUUAUCUCCAUGGUAUAUAGCUAGACCUUUUUCCAUCAUCUUUGUGCUGGAGGAGGGCAGAGGGAGGACUGCCAGGUACUUAUGCCAAGAACUCAUCCACCCCACGUGCCUAGCACACUGCGUGGCUGGGGACCCCUUGGUCCCCGGAGGAUGAGGGACUCCCAUCUGCUCCCCCACAUCUGCUGGCCCUGGGCAGGUCCUCAGUGUGAUGUGUGUAGAGCCAGCAUUGAUGUUAAUUAUUUCAUGCCCUGAUAGCAGGCUUUCUAGCCAUGUGUACAAGGUGGGGAGGUGAUACCCGACCAUCUUUACCGUCACUCUUCUUGUAGCCAAAGGCCACCGCUGCUUUUUGGAAAGCACAACCGGGGUUUUUCUAACACAGAGCUGCUCAAAGAGCUGCUGGGCAUCUCCCCUGGAGAAGCUGGCUAGGAGACACAGGGACAGGACUCCUGGCAUCCUCGUGGUAAGGGCUGGGAGGCAGCUCAGCCAUGCCCUUGCUUUAAUGGGCCCUGGUGAGUCACACCGUAGGUGUCGGCUGUGCUGAAACCCACAAACUCGACACUGACUUUUAGAAACAGUGUCAAAAAGAGGGGAGAGGGAAAAAAAAAGCCCAGCAGAUGGAGGAAAAACACCGCAAGCAUCUCCAGUCUCUGCUGCUUUACUCUGCUCCAAAAUGCAAUUGUGAAAGCACAUUUAAAUGGCCACUCUUGGGGGAAGGGGCAGGGUUUUUUGGUCUUUCAGGCCUGUUUUUCUUCUUCACCUCUUUUUAGGCCCUGAUUUUAAGCUUUCCCCAGUCUUUGUAAGUUAGGUAGCUGCUUCACAGGCUUGCCUUUUGGGUAAACAAAUCUGUGUUAGCGUAGUGCCCUGCAGAAAGGUUGACCUUAACCCUCCUCCAAGAGAGGGAAAUCCCCAGCCUGAGCCGCAGCACCUGCACUCCUUACCCGUGUGUGACACAUGCACCCGUGUGCCCUUACUGUGCAAAUUAGUUUUACUUUCAUAACAGCCUCUUUAUAAAGAGCUGGUAACACUGCUGGGAAACUUGGAAAUACAUUCUGGUAAUUUAAGGUCUGUAGGGCCAGCAGUAUGGCACGAGGAAUAUGCAACAUCUGAACCGACAUACAAUCUGGGGAAACGCUCUGUUAUCUUGGUGCUGUGCCAUCUCUGUGGUUUUGUUGCUGAGCUGUUUGGGGAAAAAAAAAAAAAGGAA